AUGGUUUCCAUAUUGGAAGCAAGGACAAACUGUCAGACUUUCGAGACGGAUUGUGCAGAAUUAGUGGCGAUGUUUGAGAUUAACCAGUUAAAAAAGGAAUAUCUAGUAUAUGUUGAAUGUUACUACAAUGAUGCCUUUCAAGUCAUUCAAGGGCUUCAACUCAAAACUAACCUCAAUAGAUCUGUUAUGAUGGGGUAUAAAAAGGGCAGGAAGUUUUCACUUGCAUCCAAUGGGAAUAGGAUCGUUGGGUUUCAUGGAUAUGCCGACAAAACCCUAAACUCUCUUGGAGCAUAUUUCAGUACGGCCACUACUAAUAAAUUGGAAUGCCAUGGUGAUCCUACAGGACUGCCUUGGGAUGAUGGUUGUAAUUAUGAUGGCGUAAGAAAGGUGUAUGUUGAUAAUUUAAGCGAAACUGUAUAUACUGUCAGAUUUGAGUACGAUAAUGGCGGAAAAGUGGAAAAGACUCCCUACCGACGUGAUGUUAAAAAUGAAAAGGAAUUUGUGCUUGACUAUCCAAAUGAAUUUAUCACGUCUGUGGAGGGGACCUUAGCAGCUCCGAAGAGUGCCAACGUUACAUGGAUUACGUCAUUGACAUUCAAAACAUCAAAAGGGAGAACCUCUCCAACAUAUGGAAGUGUAUCUAGUGGUAGAAAAUUUGUGCUGGAGAAGAAUGGUAGCGCUCUUGUUGGGUUCUAUGGAUAUAAUGGUGUAUGUGAUACUCUUAAUGCUCUAGGGGCAUAUUACUGCCCGUUCCCUCCUACUCCUGAUGCAGCGAAACUAGAAGCACAAGGUGGUGAUAGGGGAGCUUCUUGGGACGACGGUGGUACUUUCAACAGUGUUAACAAGAUUUACAUUGGACUAAGCAAAAACGUUAUUGACUUUGUCAAGUUUAUGUAUUUCAAAAGCGCUAGUGUGGUCAUCGGAGAUGAUCAUGGCAACAAGACCAUGCUAUCUGAUGUUCAAGAGUUCAAGCUGGAUCCGUUUGAAAAAAUUACAUCAGUGGAGGGUACUUAUGAUGAUAAAUUAGGAGGUGUAACCAUGCUUAGGUUCAAGACCGACAAAAGAGACUCUCCAUACUUUGGAUUCGGUUCAACACCAACCUUCGUGCUUCACAAGGAUAAUCACCAGAUCGUUGGGUUCCAUGGAAAAUCUAGUAACAUGCUUCAUCAACUCGGGAUCCAUGUUCUACCCAACGGUUUUAAAUUUGUUUUUUAA